CGAAAGUAGAAGUUUUUGAAAACGAAAGAAGGAAAAUAUGAAUGUAAAAUCUGGUCUGCUUUCUCUUCCUGAAAUUAUGAGCAAACGUGUUGCACCAAUGAGUGACUCAUCGUACUGCUCAUUCACUUCAUCACAAUGAAAUGUAACACUGGCAAAUUAUUUUAAAUAUUUGCAUAAAAUUUCCAAAUUGAUUGAAAUGCAUGUUAAAGGAUAGUUACAGUUAUUCAAUGACAUGGUCGAGUGAGCUCUCAUUCACCUGCAAUGGAUUUAGAAUCUCCCUUUGUUGGCAGAAGUGCAUAUUUUGAAGCUUUGCUAGAAAGAUGGAAGGACUUAAGAUGUGUCGGAGUGUAUGGGAUGAGAUCUAUAGGCAAAUCCAGAUUUGUGAAACAAUUAUUACAUUUUAUAUCAAAACACUUUAAUGACAAUGAUUAUACAGCUGCAUGGGUGGAUCUCAGAAAUCUUCAGUCACUCAGACAAAUUUUUCUCACUUUAGCUGAAAAAUGUGAAAUACAUCAAUCCAUAGAUGAAGAUGAUGAUGAACUCUGUCAGGCCAUUUUAACUUAUCUUUCAAAAACAAAUAAAUCCUUUUUCAUUAUAUUUGACAAUGCUGAGGAUGCAAUAGACUCAGAUUUUAAUCCCGAAUUUAUUGAUCUCAUAAAAGAUAUAUCAAAUCAAAGUGUAAAGGUCAAGGUUUUAAUAACAUCAACUUCUCACUUGCAAGAUCAUGACUUUUGCCAUGGAGAUAUAUACCAGUAUGUUGAGUUACUUCCCCUGUCAAUGCAGGAAUCAAGGGAAUUGUUGCAUACGUCAGCGCCAUCUGUUGACUUUGGAAUUUACCUGGAUAAAAUUGUAGAGCUUUGUGAGGGUCUUCCUCUAGCUUUGCUGUUGACUGGUUCUGAGCUAGAGCAGGAUGAUGGGUUAUUAGAGCCAUGUGAUAUGGUGGAACUACUAAACAAGUGUCGUCUGAAAGUUCUUAGUCAAGAUUUAUAUCCAAUCCAAGAGAGAAUUGCACCAAUGUACAGACAGUUCUUAAACAGAUUAUCCACAAUACUAAAAGAGAAGCUAGGAAUACUUAGUUACAUUCCUGGGACGUUCUCUGCAAAACAGGCAGCAAGGUUGUUGGAUGAGGAGAGUGAAGACUUAACCAUGACAGAAACACUGAUUCCUAUUGUUCAGCGCCAUGUGGUACAGUAUGACACACCUACAAAGAGAUUUGAUAUACAUGGCAUAUUGAGAGACUGUAUUUCAGAGUUCUUGAAAAUACAAAAUCUACCAGAAAUAAGGAAAAGAUAUUGCAAAAUGUUUGCUGAGCUGAUGCAUGACAUAUGUGAUAAGAUGGAAACUUCACAGUAUGCAGAGGCCCUGAGUAUGUAUAAUAUGGAACAGCAGAAUUUUCAAAAACUGAUGACAGAUGUAAUGUACACCACUGAGGACACUUACCCAGUAUAUAUAGACCUGGCCACAACGGCAUUCCCUACCAUGACUAGAUUUGUUGGAGACAACAAGUACUUGUUGGAUACUUUUACCUUCAUAGAGCAAGUUCUACAAUUAACUAGAAGAAAUAAGGAAGAAUUAGAUGAGGCUUUUGUCAGUGUGACUUAUGGUAGUGUUCUUACCAAUCUUAAGGGAGAUUUUCUGGAAGGAGAAAAAAGUUACAAUUAUUCCAUAUCAGUGAUGGCUAAGUAUAAUGUGUCCACUUGUUUGAUGAAAAUUAGAGCUCACCAGGGUCUGGGAUGGAAUCUUGGAUGUCAGGGGAAAUCAGCAGACGCACUGAGUACUCUGAAGAAAGCUUUUCAAUAUGAAACAGAAAUGGGCAUGGAGAAUGAAGAACUAAUUCUACAAACAUUACAGUGUUUGGCUCUCUUCAACACAUUUGCAGGAUUUUUGGAUGAAGGUGAGUUUUACCAUUUGAAAGUUCUGAAGAAAAGACGAGAUCUUUAUGGCACAGAUGAAAACCCUUCCAUUGGAGCCUGCUUCAAUAAUAUGGGGAUCUUAUACAAACAAAAGGGAGAUCAUUCCAAAGCUUUGGAGUAUUAUCAGGCAGGACUUGAUAUUAAAAGAAAAACAAAAGCGAUAGACAAAUCAAUAGUCAUAUCAAUGAACAAUGUAGCCAGUACAUUGUCUGAGCUUGGUCGCCAUGACGAAGGCAUUGACAUUUUAAACGAAGCAUUUGAUAUUGUUGAUAAGUACCCUGGUUUCCUGUCUGACUGUCGUGAUCUCUCUAAUGAUACAAUGGGACUGGUUUAUUUACACAAAAAAGAUUUUUAUAAUGCGAUUAAAUAUUUUAAUAGAGGAUUGAAAGGGAGACUAGAAUCGUCACCAAAACAUAUUUGUGUAUUGGAAGAAAAAACAAGAUUAGCCGAAGCUUAUGUUGGACUGGGACAAUAUGGUGUCGCUCAAACUGAUUUGGUGGAAACUUUGAAGUGCAAAGAGGGUUUCAUUAAACAAAUGCCACAAAAUACCUUUAUAUAUGAUUCUUAUAAAAUAUUAAUGGAAGUCUCCCGUCGCCUUGGUGACAAGAAAAGUAUGGAAUCUUACUUUACAAAUUGUAAAGUUGAGAUAUAUAGGCUAACUGACUUCUUUGAAGAUUUAGGUAAUUUGACUAGAGCAAAAGAAAUGGCAGAUAACUUGAAAUUCGUUCAAAAGAUAUAUCAUGAUUUUAUGAGGGGAAGGAGAGGUUAAAUUUUCAUGUGCAUUUAAAAAUUCAUCUUUAUCAUUCAAGAGUGGAUACUGUAAAUUAACUUAUUUUUGCUAUUAUUAUACCCCUGCUUUAAAAAAGUGGGGGUAUAUUGUUUUACCUCUGUCUGUCUGUCCCUCCAUCCGUCCGUCCAUCCAUCUGUCCAUCCGUCCAUCCGUCAGUCCGUCCAUCUGUCCCAUGAAUAUUUUUCGUCGCAGCUUUCUCAGGAACUACAUCAUAAGGAUUUCUGAAAUUUGGUUUCAGGGUUUAUAUAAGUCAGCUAUACCGUGUGAUGCGUUUUCAGAUUCAUCACUCAACAACUUCCUGUUUACUGAACACUUACAUAUUUUUACACUAUUCAAAUUAUCCAGUUGCGGCGGGGGUAAUAUCAGUGAGCAGUAGCUCGCAGUUUCACUUGUUUUUUCAUGUUUAAUCCUUUCUUACUGACGUCACUGCAAUUUAUUUUUAUGAUUUUCAAAAUCAUGUUAUGUGUUCAUCUAAGAUAAUAUCCUAGUUUUAUAUAUUUAUGAAGAUUUAUAUUCAUCCUAUUUUUAUUUUUUUUUUAAUCUUCAGAGGUUUCAAAAUACAUUGAAGCCUUACAAAAAUGUAUCUUUUACAUGCACUAACUGUAUUAUUAGUGUAACUGAAUUCAGAGAGGUUUGUUUUAAUCACAUGACAUAUACACUGACUGUACUAUUUGUGUUACAGUAUUCAGAGAGGUGUACUUUAGAUUUUGCCUUAAUCACAUGACAUAUACACUGACUUUUCUAUUCUUGUUACUGCAUUUAGAAAGGUGUACUCCAAAUUUUGCUUUUAUCACAUGGCAUAUAUGUAGCAUACUUUAUUUUCUAAUCUUUGUAUCAACAUUGAUGUGACUUUUGAAGUGAUUUUAAUAAUUCCAACUUUAUUGUGGACAAUGAGCUCUUCCUAAUUAUUCCAAACAUAGUGUAAACAAUGAGUUGUUCUUGAGAGUCUUUUGUAGACAAAACGCGCAUCUGGCAUACAAAAUUAUAAGCCUGGUAUCUUAGAUAAGUUUUUUUUCGAACCAUAGUGUGAACUAUGAAAUGUUAUUAAUGAUUCAAACCGAAAUGUGAACAAUGAGCUGUUCUUAAUAAUUCCAACCAAAGUGUGAACAAUGAGCUGUUCUAAAUAAUUCCAUAUAAAGUGUGAACAAUGAGCUGUUCUAAAUUAAAAUAAUUCCAUACAUAGUGUGAAAAACAAGCUGUUCUUAAUAAUUCCAACCAUAGUUUGAACAAAAAGCUGUUCUUAAUAGUUCCAUAUAUAGUUGACCAAUGAGUGUUUCUUAUUCAUUCCAUCAUUAGUGUGACCAAUGAACUAUUCUUAUUCAUUUAAACUUUUUUGUGACCAAUGAGCAGUUCUUAUUCAUUUCAACAUUAGUGUGACCAAGGAGCAGUUCUUAUUCAUUUCAACAUUGGUGUGACCAAUGAGCUAUUCUUAUUCAUUCCAACAUUAGUUUGGCAAAUGAGCUGUUCUUAUUCAUUCCAACAUUAGUGUGAUUAAUGAAUUGUUCUUAUUCAUUCCAACAUUGGUGUGACCAUUGAGCUCUGAUUCAUUCCAACAUUAAUGAGACCAAUGAGCUGUUCUUAUACUUUUCACCUUUUGUGUGCACGAUAAGCUGUUGUUAUUCAUUUCACCUUUUGUGUGAACAAUGAGCUGUUCUUAUUCAUUCCAACAUUAGUGUGACCAAUGAGGUGUUUUUAUUCAUUCAAUCAGAUGUGUGAACAAUGUGCUGUUCUUAUUCAUUCCACCAUUUGUGUGACCAAUAAGCUGUUCUUAUUCAUUCUAACAUUGGUGUGAACAAUAAGCUGUUUUAAUUCAUUCCACCAUUUGUGUGACCAAUGAGCUGUUUUUAUUCAUUCCACCAUUUGUGACCAAUGAGCUGUUCUUAUUCAUUCCACCAUCUGUGUGACCAAUGAGCGGUACAUUUUCAUUCCAUCAUUUGUGUAACCAAUGAGUUGUCCUUAUUCAUUCCACCAUUUGUGUGACCAAUGAGCUGUUCUCAUUCAUUCUACCAUCUGUGUGACCAAUGAACUGUUAUUAUUCAUUUCUCUAUAUUUGUGACCAAUGAGCUGUUCUUAUUCAUUCCAUCAUUUGUGUGACCAAUGAACUGUUCUUAUUUAUUCCACCAUUUGUGUGACCAAUGAUCUGUUCUUAUUCAUUUCUCAAUUUGUGUGACCAAUGUGUUGUUCUUAUUCAUUUUUCCAUCUGUUUGACCAAUGAGCUGUUCUUAUGCAUUCCACCAUUUGUGUGACCAAUUAGCUGUUCUUAUUCAUUUCUCAAUCUGUGUGACCAAUGGGUUGUUUUAAUUCAUUUUUCCAUCUGUGUGACCAAUGAGCUGUUCUUAUUCAUUCCACCAUUUGUGUGACCAAUGAUCUGUUCUUAUUCAUUUCUCAAUUUGUGUGACCAGUGUGUUUUUCUUAUUCAUUUUUCCAUCUGUUUGACCAAUGAGCUGUUCUUAUGCAUUCCACCAUUUGUGUGACCAAUUAGCUGUUCUUAUUCAUUUCUCAAUCUGUGUGACCAAUGGGUUGUUUUAAUUCAUUUUUCCAUCUGUGUGACCAAUGAGCUGUUCUUAUUCAUUCCACCAUUUGUGUGACCAAUGAUCUGUUCUUAUUCAUUUCUCAAUCUGUGUAAACAAUGUGUUGUUCUUAUUCUUUUUUCCUUCUGUUUGACCAAUGAGCUGUUCUUAUGCAUUCCACCAUUUGGGUGACAAAUUGGCUAUUCUUAUUUAUUUUUCAAUUUGUGUGACCAAUGUGUUGUUCUUAUUCAUUUUCUGAAUGUGUGACCAAUGAGCUGUUCUUAUUCAUUCCAACAUUAGUGUGAACAUUAAGCUGUUUUCAUUCAUUCCAACAUUUCGGUGACCAAUGAGCUGUUCUUAUUCAUUCUAUCAUUUGUGGGAACAAUGAGUGGUUUUUAUUCAUUCCACCAUUAGUGUGAACAAUGAGCUUACACUAUUGAUUCUAGCAUUUGUGUGACCAAUGAUCUGUUCUUAUUCAUUCCAACAUUUGUGUAAACAAUGAGCUUUUCUUAUUCCUUCAAUCAUUUGUGUGAACAAUGAUUUGUUCUUAUUCCUUCCAUCAUUUGUUUGACCUAUGAGUUUUUCUUUUUCAUUUUACCAUUUAUAUGACCAAUGAGUUGUUCUUAUUCUUUCCACCAUUAGGUGAUCAAUCAAAUGUUCUUAUUUAUCAAAAGCAUAAUUAACCAAUUAAGUGUUCUAAUUUAACCAAAGCAUAGCAUGAUCUAUGAAAAUUGCUUAUAUAUCAGAAGCAGUGUGUGUCCAAUGAAAUGUGCUUAUUUAUCCAAAACACAACAUGAACAAAGAAAUUUGCUUAUUUUAUUUUCCAAGAAUAGUGUGACUAAUAAAGGAUGCUUAUUUAUUCAAAAGAUUGUGUGACCAGUGACAUUUGCUUAUUUAUCAGAAAAAUAGUGUGACCAAUAAAACUUGUCUAUAUAUCCAAAAGCAUAACAUAACUCAUGAAAUUUGCUGAUUUAUCCCAAGCAUAAAAAGUGACCAAUAAAUGUUGCUUAUUUAUCCAAGCAUUUUGUGACCAUUGAAAUUUGCUUAUUUAUCCAUGGCAUAGCAUGACCGAUGGACCUUGCUUAUUUAUCCCAAGCAUAGUGUGACCAAUACAAUUUACUUAUAUAUCUUUAAUGCAUAGUGCGACCAAUGAAAGUUGUUUAUUUAUCCAAGCAUUGUAAUGACCAAUUAAAUCUGCUUAUUUGUCCAUAGCAUAUCAUGACCAAUGGAAUUUGUUUAUUUAUCCCAAGCAUAGUAUGGCCCAUAACAUUUGCUUAUAUAUCCAUAGCAAAAAUUGUCUGAGAUUACUUUCACGCCUGACGGCAUUUUUUUUUAUAUUUUGUAAUCCGUAUACAAUCCAUUUUCAAGUAGGUUAUCAUACAUCUUUCGAUUAUUAUUCAUUUUACUCCAUGAAUAUGUUACUUUUCUUCACGUACUACUUUUUUGUAGUCUUUUAUAUAUUUCCGUUGCUGGGUGUGAAUCAUAAAGUGCUCUUAAAUUACAUUGCUUACUUUUUUCCUUUGAAUUGAGUUGUAUGUGCAAGUUCAUCUCUCCAAAACUAAGUGAUGAUAUUUCUUUCCUAAAAAUGUCUUUAUCAUUGAAGUUAAAUUCCACUUCAAUCAGUUUAUAUAUUUAGUUUUUCAUACCAAUUUGGUAAUAAUGCUAUCUUUUAAAUUGCUGACUCUUUAUUUAUGAUGUAUAUUUUAACAAAACUCUGCUACAAUUUCAAAAUCCAAUUAAAUAUUAGAAAGACUGAGGACAAAAUAAAAUAAUUCUGAACACAAUUGUUUACAAUGUUGUAAAUCCAUUUUAUUAUUUUUAUUAACGUUCUGUAAAAAUUAAACAAUUCAAAUUAUAUUUUUAUUAUAUUUUUUAACAUUUUAUUGUAUGUUUUUCUUGUUAAUGCUGUGAUAUAUUAUAUUGUUUUGUGUGCUGUUAUUUAUGACCUUAUAUCUUAAUAAAAGAAGGUGUUGUUGA